AUGAGAGCUGCCUCAGUGGUGUGUAGAGAGUUAGGCUGUGGGGAAGCUGUUGAUGCAUGGGGAGAUUCUCAUUUUGGACAAGGUUCUGGACCGAUCUGGAUGAGACACCUAGAGUGUAGUGGAUUUGAAUCUACUUUGAAAAAGUGUGGGCCACUUGGGGAGAAGGUAAAACACUGCAAUCAUGAAGAGGAUGCUGGAGUUAUCUGCUCAGCAGUCAGGCUUGUUGGUGGAUCUCGCUGCUCUGGGAGAGUAGAGGUGCUGCAUGAGAAGACCUGGGCCUCAGUGUGUGAUGAUGACUUUGACAAGCAGGAUGCAGAGGUUGUGUGUCGGAACCUGGGCUGUGGGCCUCUUGUGGAGAUGCGGGGAACAGCUGCUUUCGGCAGAGGCAUGGGUCAGGUGUGGGAAGAGGAGCUUCAGUGCAAAGGCACAGAGUCUCAGAUUCAGUUUUGUCCAACAUCUACACGUGAACACAACUGCUCCCAUUAUAGCAAUGUGGGACUAGUGUGUGCUGAUAAUGUGAGGCUGGUGGAUGGUGGCAGUCAGUGUGCUGGAAGAGUGGAGGUUCUUCAUAGAGAAAAGUGGGGAACAGUGUGUAGUGAUAACUGGAAUAUUAAAGCUGCUGCAGUUGUGUGUAGAGAGCUAGGAUGUGGAGAAGCUGUAGAUGCGCUGCAUCAUUCUCAGUUUGGAUCAGGAUCAGGAUUAAUCUGGAUGGAUGAUGUGAGCUGUAAGGGAUCAGAGUCUACCCUGAAAAACUGUGGAUCAGUAGAAUUUGGCAAACAUAAUUGUGAUCAUGAUAAAAAUGCUGGAGUCAUCUGUUCAGGUAAAGUCAGACUGGUUGGUGGUUCUCACUGCUCUGGGAGAGUAGAAGUGCUUCAUGAGAUGACCUGGGUUAGAGUGUGUGAUGCUGAUUUCAGCAUGCAGGAUGCAGAGGUUGUGUGUCGGGAGCUGGACUGUGGGCCUCCUGUGGACGUGUUGGGAACAGCUCACUUUGACGUAGAUGAAGUGCAGGAGUGGACAAAGGAAUUGAAGUGCAGAGGCAAUGAAUCUCGAACUCAUUUUUGUCCAACAUCUACACUCCAACACAACUGCUCCCAUUCUAAUUAUGUGGGACUUGUUUGUUCUGGGGCUGUGAAGCUGGUGGAUGGUGGGAGUCAAUGUGCUGGAAGGGUAGAGGUUUUUUAUAGAGGACAGUGGGGAACAGUGUGUGAUGAUAACUUUAACAAGAAAGUUGCUACAGUGGUCUGUAAAGAGCUGGGCUGUAGCGAGGCCAUAGAUGCACCAGGUAACGCACACUUUGGUCUGGGAAGUGGACCAGUCUGGAUGGUUGUUGAAGACUGUAGUGAGUCAGAGUCUACACUAAAGCAAUGUUUAUCAGUUGAAUGGGGUGAAAAUCUCUGUAGCCAUGAUGAUGAUGCUGGGGUUGUCUGCUCAGGAGUCAGACUUGUUGGUGGUUCACAUUGCUCUGGGAGAGUAGAGAUACUUCAUGGGAAGACCUGGGCCACAGUGUGUGGUGCUGCUUUUGGCCUGCAAGAUGCAGAGGUUGUUUGUCGUGAGCUGGGCUGUGGGUCACCUGAAGAAGUCCUGGGAGCAGAUGCUUUUGGAAGUGGUCAGGGCCCGGUGUGGGAAAAGGAGUUCCAGUGCAGUGGCACAGAGUCUCAGAUUCAUUUUUGUCCAACAUCUUUGCUCAAACACAACUGCUCCCAUUCCAGUGAUGUUGGACUGGUGUGUGCUGCUGGUGUGAGGCUGGUGGAUGGUGGCAGUCGGUGUGCAGGAAGAGUGGAGGUCUCACAUAGAGGAGGCUGGGGAACAGUGUGUGUUGAUGACUUAGAUAUGGGAGCUGCUACAGUUGUGUGUAGAGAAUUAGGCUGUGGGGAAGCUGUAGACACAUUUGAUAAUGCUCACUUUGGCCCAGGAUCGGGACCAAUCCUGAUGGAUGUGUACUGUACAGGAUUAGAGUCUACCCUGAAGAACUGUGGGUCAAGAGAGUUGAGUGGACAUACCUGUGAACAUGGUGGAGGUCCUGCAGUCAUUUGUUCAGGUCACAGAGAACCCCGACUUAUGGAUGGCCCACAUCUCUGUUCUGGAAGAGUAGAGGUACUUGCUGGAAACACAUGGGCAACAGUCUAUGAUGCUAAAUUUGACCAGCAGGAUGCAGAGGUUGUGUGUCGGGAGUUGGGGUGUGGGCUUCCUGUGCAGGUAGUAAAGGCGUCUGCUUUUGGCAAAGGGAAGAGCCAGGUUUGGAUAAAGGAGCUUCAGUGCACAGGCAACGAAUCACAGAUUUAUUUCUGCCAAGGAUCAUUUACACUCGAACACAGCUGCUCCAAUGAAAAUGAUGUGGGAUUAAUAUGUUCAGGUCAUACACAUGCACGGCUGGUGAACAGCAUGGACUCUUGUUCUGGUCGAGUUGAGCUCAAAUACCUCAAUACCUGGGGGACUAUUUGUGCUGUAAACUGGAAUAUGAGAGAUGCCAAUGUCCUCUGUGGACAGCUGAACUGUGGAAGUGCUGUGGCUGUGGUGGACACUGACUGGUUUGGGGCAGGAAGUGGCCAGAUCUGGGCAGACAUAUUUGAAUGUCAGGGGAAUGAGACACAUCUGUCGCAGUGUCCUAUAUCAUCAUGGAGUCGAGCUAACUGCUCUCAUAAACAAGAUGCUGGAAUCAUUUGUAAUGGUUCAUCACUGGCAUUACAUGAUGACAGAGUGCGAUUGUCUGGAGGGAGUGAAUGUCAGGGGGAACUGGAGGUUUAUUUCAUGAAUAACUGGAUGAGAGUUCUCCUGCACUCUUGGGGUCUGUCUGAGGCCUCUGUGGUGUGCAAACAGUUGGGUUGUGGCUCUGUGCUAAGCUACAAUUCCUCUCUAUCUAAAACUGAACAUAGCCAUAGCAUGUGUGCAGAAGGUUUCAGAUGCUCUGGAAAUGAAGCACAUCUGAAGAAAUGCCACAGUGCAGAGCAGGUCAACUGCAGCUCAAAAGAACAGCUAUCAAUUACCUGCUCUGGUGUUUUUAACCGAACCCACAGCUCUAUCAGGCUGGUUGGUUCUGGGGGAGAUGACUGUGCAGGAAGGCUUGAGGUUUUACACAAUGGAUCAUGGGGGACAGUGCAUCAUGACUCGUGGGAUAUUAAGGAUGCAGAGGUGGUGUGCAGACAGCUGCAAUGCGGUGUAGCCCUCAGAGACCAUGUUCUGUCCUGGUUUGGUCCUGGAACUGGGCCUAUAUGGCUGAAUCAGGUGGAGUGCACAGGCAAAGAGGAAGCUCUAUGGGACUGCCAAUUUCAGUUCUCUGAAGGGAAGGCAAGUGGACACCAGGAAGAUGUAGGAGUUGUGUGCUCGGAGUUCAAAGAGAUCAGACUUACUGAGGGCUGUAAGGGGAAUCUGGAAGUCUUUUACAAUGGAACUUGGGGUAAUGUGUGUGAAAAUGGAAUUGAUAAAGAAACAGCAAGUUUAAUCUGCCGAGAGCUGAAUUGUGGAACAACAGGCACAGAGUAUUGGUCCAAAGCCAGACUGAAAUUUGCUCCUAACUGGCUGGAUGAUUUGAAAUGUAGGAAGCAUGAUGCCACUCUAUGGCACUGUCAAUCUUCCCCCUGGAGAAAUAACACGUGUAAUCGUGUGGCUCAUAUUACAUGCAUAGGAUGUGUCAAAAUGGCUACUGUCUUCUUAUGUGGCAUGUGUGCAAUGUGUGUAGAACAUCUGCCUCUCAGGCUGAGUGGAGGAGAAGGAGACUGCUCUGGAAGGCUCGAGCUGUAUUAUAAUGCUACAUGGGGCACUAUUUGUAGCGAUCAGUGGGACAUCAAGGAUGCUCAGGUGGUCUGCAGACAGCUUGGCUGUGGCCAGGCAGUGAGGGCUGACAGGAACGCUUUAUUCGGGGCUGGUAAAGGGGUUAUCUGGCUGAACAGAGUGAACUGUAGAGGGAAUGAGAUUCAUCUGUGGGACUGUCUUUAUUCCCUGAAGAAUCACACAGAUUGUUUGCACAGACAGGAUGCUGGAGUCACCUGUGCAGACAUGCCCGUGCCUCCUUCUGUUACAAUCGAAACAACAACCACCACUACUACCACUAAAAAAGAGACAGGUACUACACAAACAGCAUUAGCAUUUGGAGUUCCUACACUAGCCAUGUUUGUGCUAGGAGCACUGCUUUUCAUGGCCUUGCUAUUUGUAGUUUUUCUAUUUUACCGAAACAAAGAACUAAGAAGAGCUCUUGAUAAAAGUAGUCAUAACUCGGUGACAGAUGCAGUGUAUGAAGAUAUCAACAUUAGUUUCAUAACUACAAGAGCUACUAGCUCACCUCAUAGGGGAAGUUUCAUUACUGAAGCAGAGCAUUCUGGAUAUGAGUAUGUAGAUGAAGCACUGGUCUCAGAUGACAGAGCCGAUUCAUCAGAGAGCUACGAUGAUGCCAUCACUGCUGGAGCGAUGUUAGAGAAUGCAGAUGCUUGA